AUGUGCUCUUGCUCGCUGCAAGAGCUUCUGGGACUGAAAAUCAUAGAUGCCAUUGAUGCUACCAUUGUCGGGAUGUUCGCUGACUUGAAAGAGGCCCGAGCUGAUAUCAGAGAAGUGCCCUUUCUUCCUUUCAGUCCAGGGGACAAGAAGGCUGCUUUGAACAACAUUGAUGCUGAUGGCAAGCAUGACAGUGCAGAAACCAUCCGCAAAGUUCUCAAACUUGGAGUCAAUGUCAAGAUGAUUGCUGAUGACCAACUUGCCAUUAUCGAGGAGAUGGGUUACAGGCUUAGAAUGGGAACAAACAUGCAUUCUUCUGCUUCUUUACUUGGUCAGUACAAGGACGCCUCCAUAGCUGCACUCCCAGUGGGAGAGACAAGGAAGGAGGUGGAUUUAGUACUUCAAAAAUGGAAGAUUUAG